UCUCCCUCUCUCUCUCUCUCUCUCUCUCUCUCACGGAGGCGACGACGAGCGGCGAUAGUGGUGGCUAGCGACGAUCGGCGAUCGGCGACAAUGGCGGCGAGCAGCGAUCGAAUCAUUGAUUCGAAGAUGGACAAGGCAUCCAUAAUCAAAGAUGCAAUUGACUACAUCCAAGAAUUGCAUGAGCAAGGAGAGGAGGAUCCAAGCUGAUUUAAUACAGGUUGAAUCUGGAAAAUUGAAGAAAAAUGCAGUUUUUGACUUGGAUCAAGAGAUUCCAACCUUGUCAAGACUCAAGAAAAAGAGAAUUGAUCAUAGUUAUGAUUCAAGGAGAUCAACCACUUCUUCCAUGGAAGAUCUUGAAUUGAGUGUGUCAUACAUUGGGGAGAAGACAGUGGUAGUGAGCUUGACAUGCUCCAAAAGGACAGAAACAAUGGUAAAGCUUUGUGAAGUGUUUGAAACUUUGAAGCUCAAAAUUAUUGCUGCCAACAUCACUUGUUUCUCUGGCAGAGUUUUGAAAACUGUCUUUGUCCAGGUUUCUCUCUCGCUCUCCCUCUCUCCUUUAAUUUCCACAACCUUUGUAUGAGUUUGGGGUUGCUUCUUGCGUCUCUUGGUGUUUAUUUUUUAUAACAUGAUAAAUAAAUUAUUUAAGUAAAAAAUUAAAUUAAU